AUGAGGAUGAAUAGUAGAUGGCAUAAUUUGAGACCUUUAUAGUGCUCUGGUGCCAUUUUGGCUGUGAAUCUGCAUUUGAGGAGUUCUUCCCGAGUCAAUAUUUGUAGAGCUUCCACAUCUCGAUGUUAACGUUCGGAAACACUGGUCCCACCUGUGCUUGGGGUUCUGCCAGAGGACAUCAAGAGCAGGCUGGACUGUAGCGGGCUCACGCUAAGAGGAACAAACCUUGGGUAUGAGCACUGUAAGCAUGUCAUGGUAGGUCACAGUGAGCCACUGCUGUAGCUGCCUAGUGAAAUUACACAAGGCCAGUAUCUUGCUUUCUGCUUCACAAGUCAGCACACGUUUGCUGUGAGGUUUUCUUUCCAAGCGUGACGGUUAAUUAAUUUCAGUGGACUGUGUGGAUGGGAGUUGGUGGAGCAGGUAGAGGAAGGAAGGAGUCCAGUGCCCAGUUCUUUACAGGUCCUUGUAUACGUUUGUACUGCCUGCAGCAUAAGAGUUUGCACUUAAACCAUUUUUUUUCUUUGUCACCCUUAGGGCCUGUCCUGAUACUCGUAUUUCAUUUAGCUGAUGACUGCAAACAUCUCUGGAACCUCACCAGCGAUGCUGCACUUCAGAAUGUGUUCAGUCCAUCAGGACUGGACACCCUACCACUACAGAAUUUCAAUUCAGCUCCAAGUGCAAAGGGCUUAGAAUGCAAAGUCAAGUUUAGAUACGUAACCCUUUCUGUUGUCUUCAUGACUGUGGUGUUUACUGCACGAUCUGCCAUGACUGAGCAGCUGGAGGAGAUCAUGGAGGCCUGAGUGCUUCGUUUGGUGUCUUGGUGUCAGCGUGCCCAGGGAGCUUGCAGGAUGUUUUGAGUCUUUCCUGGGGUGUUGUCCUCCGAAGGUUUGGGUACGGGGGUUUUGGUUUUUGUUUAAAUCAUAGUUGUGCCUGGUGCCAUCCAGUGAAAGGGCUUCUUUCUGCAUGGGCAGAAACACUCCCCAUGCCCUCUGGCAUUUUGUUCUGCUUGAGGCCAAGGCUUCAGUCAGCGCGGGUGUGUGCUUUACCAGACAAGGACAAACUGACUGGCGACAGCUGUUCUUGGCCGUGCCGUUGUCUUCGCGCAGCUGCCGGUGCCUCUGCUGGCCGCUGGCUCAGUGCCUCUAUGCCGUGUUUGCUACGGAGCCCGGAUCGCGGUGGGCGGGGCGCUCCCCCCGCCCGCUGCUGCGCCCGCGUGCGCUCCUCGGGCGCUGUCACCUGCGCUCGCGCGGGGAAAGGGGUUUCCCGGGCUCCGGCAGCAGCGCGCGGGGCCGCCCGCGCCGCUCCCUCGCGCCGCGUGACGCGGUUGCCAUGGCUCCCCCGGCGGGGCCUGCGGCUGCGGCGGCGCUUUCGGGCCCGUGACCGGCGAGGGGGCAGCGCGCGGGUCCCCGGGCCGCUCGUGGCGCGUGUCGUGGCCGCGCUGCGGGGGUGCGCGCGGGGCCGCGCGGGCGGUAGCGGGGAGCGCGCGGGGCAGCGGGCCCGCUCGCCCGUCCCCGCGGACACGGCCCGCCGCCCGCAGCCGGCGCCGCGCGGGGCAGCGGCGGCAGGUCCCGCCGCAGGCCGGUUCGGCGGAGCUGCCGCGCGUCCCGCUGGGGCCGCGGAGAGGCGGCCAUGGACCGCGCGGUCCGGGAGCGGCUCCGCGCCGCCCGCUGCCGCCGAGAUGUUCAGGCUUUGGAGGAUGCUUAUGAGUUGAUCAAAUCAGCCACUCAAGGACAAUCUGUGCUGGACCCAUCAGAUAAUUUCAGCACUGACUUGUAUGUUUUGUGUGCUGAACAAGCAUUUGAGCUGGGGCGUGUGGAAGUGAGCGGUGACUGUCUGCAGAUGUAUUUUAAAGGAAGGUUUCCCGUGAACCAGUUUCUUGGCAGAGCGUAUUUGUGCCAAGGCCAGUUGCACACUCCGCUCUCUACGGAUAAUUUGGAAGGGUUUGAGAAGUUCGUGCUGUGUUUUAUGAAGGCAAUAGAUUUUGCCGCCCAGGAUCAAAGAUACUAUUUUUUGAUAUAUAAUGCCUCGGUUCUUUAUUGGCAACUUGUGAGGCCGUAUCUUCAGCCUGGAUUCCGCUAUUGUCUUAUUCCCAGCCUUUCUCAGAUUGUUAACGCGUUAAACCGAACGGAAGAGCAAGACAGCGAGUGGAGAGCAGAGCUCAUGGUAAAUUUACUUGAGUGCUUCCUCGAUGCUUCAAAACUGAAAGAAGCAAGAGAGUUUUCAUCUACGGCAGCUAUCUUUAUUAAGGAGAAUGUUCCAGAUAAAUACCCUCAGCUAUUUUCUCUAAUGGUAUAUCACAAACUAAUGGAUAUUUCCCAGCUAGAGAAGGAAAUACAAAAUUCCAUCCAUCUUGCAGUUGUUUAUAAAAUGCAGAUGUUAAAAUUGCAGUGGGACACAGGUGAGUUCCCAAGCGAUGCCGCCGCAGACCUGAAUGCUGUGUACGUGCUUUUGAAGCAGUACGAUGCGCCUCCAGCGGCUGUUCUCAGCGUGAAGAUUCCUUUGAUUCUGGAGUUAGCUCGUUUUUCUCUGAAAGUCAGCUGCAUUGAGCUUGCCCGUGACUGUGUACUUGAUUUGAAGAGAGCUGGCAUUACCGAGCAAGGGAAACUUAUUGAAAUAGAAUGCCUGGAGUGUGAAUAUGAAGCAAAAAAAAUUGGCACUAAAAUUAUGACUUACACCAAAGGAGUUGUUGAGACGCAGCUGGCGUUGGUACGGAGGCUGGAGGCGACGCUACGGCACGCGGUGGCCGUGGGCGGCCCGGACGCGCUCCAGGCGGCCUGCUGCAGCCAGUGGAACGUGUGCCUGCCCCUGCUGCAGCGCGGGCUGCGGCGCCGCCUGCGGGACCCGCUGCUCUCGGUCGCCGCCGUCCUGGAGGAGACGGACAGCUUGCUGGUUUUGUUGCGUUGCCAAGUUCACAUGGAAAUAGCUCGUAUUGAAGAGGAUGGCGACAGAAUAGAGGCUGCCAUGGAACAUUUGCAAAAAGCUUUACGUCUAAACAACGGCGGGCAGUAUGAAGAAUAUUUAAGGUUGUCUUUGAAACGUCUUCAGUUAUACACCAUGCUGUAUAAGUCGCCUGAGCGUCUGGAGGAUCGGGCAGCGUUGCUGAUUGAACAGGCUAAAAGGGGAAAGCAGGAGGAUGAUGUGAGGAAAAAGAGGGCCCUUCUGAUAAAUGCAGGUCUUGCACUAGCUCCUGAUUCAUUUAAAGUAGUCCUUGACAGUGAAAACGAAGCUAAAGUUUUCUCAGGUGGCAGCAGGAGCCAGGCGGGCGAGCUCUGUGCCAGAGCACAGCAUCACUCGGGCAGCGCGGGGAGAGCCGGUGAGGACGCGGAACACCUACAAGAACAUGGCAGAGAGAGAGUGAUACUUUGGGCAGAUUUGGCCAGAGCCGCGCGUGCACACGGAGUCUGGGAUGUCUGCCGCGCAGCGUGCAGGUUCUGUCUCUUGUACGAUGAUGCUUGGUUUAGGAAGGCAAAAAAACCCAGAGAAAUCGUAGCACAGAAGAAGAAAGCUGGUGCGACUCUGGAGGAUGAGGAAGGUGACAGCUCUCCAAGACAACCGCUACUGCCUGAUAAAUCCUUCUCUUUUGAAAGAGAUUUACUCAGAAUAUUAGCAGAAAUAAGAUUCAUUAAUGGAGAGGCCACUGUUCAGUUGUUGCGGCUGCGGGGGGCUGAGCUGAACGGCCGUGCUGCGCCUCCAGAAGGUGGGAGGCGGGAUCCACAUCCUCCUGAAAGUGAUCCAGAGUGGAAGACAUACAGUUUGUGGAUAGACCACUUGUCUCGGUAUGCUAUGGAGAACUUCCAGCGUGCAGCUGAAAUAGGAGAAGAGCUGAAGGAAGCCUGGAUCGUGCACAAUGCUGCGGUGUACGUCCUGAACUACAACAGGCACCUCAUCUCCGCAGGAAGGCAGCGGGACAUCAUCGCGGAUCUGCAGACUCUGCUUGGAGCCGUCAGGAGCGUUGGACAGGACGGAAGCACUGUGGUUCUGUUGAUGCUGUGCAAUGCUGUGGCUCGGGGCCUAAUUCUGCGUUGGAUUCCAAGGCCAGAACCUGCUGAGGAGAAAGAAGAAGCUGCAGACAGAAGCAGAAAAGCUUCGGAAAAGAACCAUGAAAGAGCAGAUAUCAUCCAGUCGUUUUCAGUGGAUCCCCGGGGACUUCCUGAUAUCAAAGCUGCCUUAGAGGUCUGUGAGUUUGCCCUGGCUGUGGCAGACGGGACCGCAGCCGCUGGCACGGCCCCGCUCGCCGCGCGACAGCAGAUCGUCGCCGCCUGGGUGAAGGCAAAGCAGCUGCUCCGGCAGCCGGUCGGGGCCCGGCCCGGCGCGCAGCAGCAGAAUAAUGAUGAAGCACAAGAUGCUACAGCAAGACUUCUCGUUGGUCUGGAAAUGUAUUCAUGUAACGGCUUGGGUCUCAUGGACUUCACUGUUCCCAGCUUAUCUCAGCUAGUGAAACUGGCUUUGGAGUGCAGCUGGUCCGAUUCCCUGGUGGAGCUGCAGACGCUGACGCGACUGGUGUAUUUCGGGUACGUGUCCCGGGACCACGAGACAGUGAUGACUUGUUCCCGAAGGAUGUUGCAGUCAGAUGAGUGCUUCCGCAACAGAGAUGCUGAGAAACAUGAGAUGCCUGGUCACAGGGCGAGACAGGAGAUGCUGAGCGCUGCUGCCUGUAUACAAGGGAAGAGCAUCAUGCGGAAUUGGCGUGGAAGAAAACGUUUGCGUGUAGCAGCAGCAAGAGCCUUUGUUCAGAGUGCCAGGCACGCGGGUGAAGCUGGAAAUUACUCCCUCGCAAUGUUUGCAGCCAGACACUUCUGGAACACGUGUGUGCCCCUGCUCGGCUCUGCACGUGACAGAGGGCAGCUUGAAGAACCGACGGACACCAUCCUUAAGAAUAUCAUUAAAGCGCAAUCUAAAAAUGAACAAGAGAAGGGAGAUAUGUUGCCUUUGCAUCAGUGGAUCACAAAGGAUUUUCAGAGUAUUGGGUUAUCGCCUGGAUGCGUUCUCCCAGGUGCUGAGGAAGAUCUGUUGUUAAGAACCUCCUUAUAUGGGUUAUUAUUCCAUAUAUAUGCGGAUAAAGCUGACUGGGAGGCGGCACUGAAAGUCCUGGAUGAAGCAGUUGAAGUUUUGCCUCAGACAAGACACAGGCUCCUGAUCCUUAAACACAUGGCUACAGUGAAGGCCGGACUGGGAGGCAGUGUUGCGAUGGACAUGCAGAAAUUCGGAGGCGUAGGUGAAGACUGUUUGUCACGCGUGUGGCGUCGGUUGGUACCGGUCUCCAGAAGCGCUGUUGCGCAGUUAAGCUGUUUUCAAAAUGCCAUCAUGACUCUACAGAAACAAGAAAAUGAAUGGCAGAAAGUUGAUUAUCUGAUGGAGUUUGCUGAAUGGUUAUAUUGUAACCAGUUUCCUCUCCAUGAUGUUAUUAAACCUCUGGACUGGGUGGUAGAUCUCUUGCUACGUAUGGAAUUUUCUGUGCAGUCCUCACAAGAAGGAAAAAAUCAUAUACCAGAAUUUUCGCCUAGAGAAAAUGUGAAGGUCGACAUUGGAGCAAAUGAUACCAGGCGCCAGAUUAAUCUGGAAGAUCUGAGCAAUAUUAGACAACUGGAAGCUUUGUUCAGAGCGCAGACUCUGCUGGCCUUGGCCGCUGGUCCGAGCUCUCCUCUUCACCCGCGGUGCUGUUUGGUGGCCUACGCUUGUAUCGUCCGUGUCUGGCAGGUAUCGUUGUCAGCAGCACGAUCUAUUAUAAAGGUAUCAUCAAAGUCUUCACAACUUACAGCUCCUCAGAAGGUGGAGUCAAUAAUUGCUCCUGAGAAGGACGAAAAGAAGAAAGAGAAGGGCAAAAAGAAAGACAAACAAGUUGAAGUUUCUGUUGUGAAAGAGCAGCCAAGAGGGACGGGAUGGGGUGACACCUUACCAGUAAGUGUGGAGGAGUGGGCUCGCUACGACUGUCCCAGCACAAUCAGAGAUGCUUUUAAACAGAAGACAAAUAGUUACGGUAUUAACUGGGAUAAUUUCCCCAAACCCACUUGCACUUUGUAUUUUAUGGACCUUUUAUCUAAUGAACUACAGAAAAUGUUUUGCCCCCACUUGAUUCUUCCCGUCUUCCAGCUGGCUGAAGUUAUUGCUAAUGACGUUGUGGAAUGUGCGAGUCUGUCUGGACUCUACCACCUUCGAAUUGCCCUGAUAUGUUCAGACCUAAAACUGAGCCAGGCAUCUUUGUAUCAUGAGAAAGCUGCUGGGGAAGCACACAUUAGUGGAUUAGAACAAGCAAUGUGUAGGCAAGAGAUUGCAUUGAAAAAAGAAAAGGAAGUACAUACUAGAGCAGAAGAAAGAAAACGGUGUUUUGAGAAUGCCCAGCUGAAUGGUAGCAGGGUGGAGAAUGACCUUGCUUCGAGUGCAAAGGGUUUUGAGCUGAAUGCAGUAACAGGAAAAGGACUGAGUGCCCUUUCUUUCCCUUAUUUGUGGACAGAAAAAGCUCAAGUGCUGAUUCAGCUAGGCUUGUAUCAACCAGCGAGACUUCUGCUUUCAGAGGCACAUGCGGCAGCUCAGGAGCUGGGGGCCCCGCGGGAGGCGGCGCGGUGCCUGCAGGGCCUGGCGGCGCUGGCGGCGCUGGAGCAGCACCACGGGCAGGCCCGCGCGCUGCUGGAGGCGGCCCGGCGCCGGGGCGGCCACGAGCGCUUCUGGGGCGACAGCGGGCUGGCUCUGGCCGAGGCGGUGCUGGAGCAGGGCGGGCCGGGAGCGCCCAGCGCGGCUUGUGAGAUCCUGGAACGCACUGCCAGUGUGCUCAGAUCUGCUUUCCUGAAGAGGCCCAACAGGCAGCCGGAGCUGGGGUUUAUAAUCGCAUCCCUUGAAGCCAGGAAAACGCUUCUUCAGAUACGUUUUGCCCAAGAUUGUAUGGCGAUUAAUGCAGAGUCUUGUCAGUUACCAGAUGUGCUACAAGGAUACUACAAUAAAUUGCUUCAAAUUGAGAAGGACUUUGUUCGUUAUGGGCACAAAAGCUGCAGCGCAGGGAUUCUGCUAGAAUGUGCAAAUAUUCACAGGGUGAUUGCCAAGCAGGGAAGGAACGAAGAAGCAAAACACAGUCGAUAUCUAGAUGCCUAUAACUUAGCUCAGAGGGCAGUAUCUGAGACGGAGGAAGUGUUUCGUGAUGUUAGUAGCUUAUUUGCAGCUAAUGAGACUGCAGGUAUUAGUAUCCCGUUAAUGAGGCAGCUAGCUGACAGGAAACUAAAUCUUGUAGAAAUUCUCUUGGAUAUUUUUCGUCUUGUUAUUGCUGAGAAAAAGCUUAAGGAAGAGAGAGAAGCGUCAUGUCUUGGCGUUGCGGAGGCUUUCCUCAGAGCAGCUGCUGGAGAUGCGGCAGCACAGCAGGACUGGAAGCGUAUGGAGCGCACUGUGGGCCAUAUCGCGCUGGCUCAGUUAGCAAACGUGCAGAGCCUUUGCAAGGGCUGUCCCGACACGACGUCCAAAUGCCUCUAUCUCACUGGAAAAACUCUGCGUUUACUGGCCGUUAGCACUGAUCCUGUACACUCAGAUGUUUACUGGAAGCCAAAUGCUAUGGAAGAAGCUGAAUCAGACAUCGCAAGAACUGCCCUGACUUCGGCAGCACGCAGUGGGCAGGAGGUGACACACAGCGGCUCACCGGCCCAUCGGUGUCAGUACGAUAAGUACCGGAGGAAAAUACAGGACUUAAAGAAGGAACAUAGGCUGGCUGAGAAGUACCUUUCUCAGUGCAGCGAAGCGUUGCUGCGCUGUGUGAAUGUUGCGUUCAGGCACAACGUGACCGACGUCCUGGCUCCUGCCAGUUUGGAAAUGGUCGAAUGCUUCCAACAGUUCGAUCCCGUUUCAACUAGCCAGUUCUUGGCACUUCAUCAGAGCUGUUCGGUGUCUCUGAGGAUGAAGAGUGUCCUCCUAGCAGCCGCAUCUGACACCAGCAGCUCGCAGCUGGCGGCGUUGCUGCAUCUGCAGCGGCAGUUAAGGCACGGCCGGAGCACGAGUGAUCUUCUGGCCAGAGUGGAACAGCACCUGACUGCUACUUCAGUGGCAUGGAGAAAUCUCUGUAUUCCUGUUGAGCAUUUUAAUAUAAUGGAUGAAUUGCCGUCUAAUUUCUACAUAAUGAUUCUCCAACAUUCAGAAGACAGGUCACAUCUGUACAGUUCGUUGAUUGGGAAGCCGGGAGCAGCCGCUGCGCAGCAGAAGGGGAGACCCGCUGGGCCGGGGGCAGUGCGAGCUGAGGUGUCUCGAUUUCCUGUGAACCCCGAUGCCUUUUGUGUGUUGUUGGAAAAAGUGCAUCUUUACAAGCAGCAACAGAUGCAGAGUCAGCUUAAACAGACUGUCAUUCAAAACUUGCAAGAGUGCACCUUCAGAACGGAUGUGACUCCACCAGAGAAAAUACACGAUAAUGGACAUGAUUUGACAUCGGAUUUCUCUGAAAUAUUAGAAAUUAUGGAAGACUAUCUGAAACCAGUGCUAUCACAGGUCGAUUUUUCUGAUACCAGAGAACAGGACGCAUCAGCUUCAGCAGCUGGAUCGGGGAAAGCAAAAGUGAAAGACAAGGACCCCAGACAGACUCGGAUGCAGGGUGCAGCCGCGGACUUCGGAUUGUGUGUGAUAUUGCUGGGAGAUACGUGGCUGAUGGAAUUGCCUUUGGAAGCUCUCAGGAUCUUUAAAGCGGAAGGAAUAAGUUCUGUAUCCAGAGAUUUUUCUCUUCAGAUUCUCUACAAUCGAAUGCAUAUGGCUGAAUCAGAGACUGAUGUUAAAACGGAUGUUGAAAAGUCGAAAGAAAAUAAACCAAAAGCUCAUCAGAAAAAGAAUGGCAAAAAGGCACCAGUUAACCGUGAUUUACCCUCUAAUUGCUUGUCUGUUGAUACUCGUCAUUUAAAAUAUAUUGUGGAUCCCUAUAAUGAAGGAAGAGAGGCAGAAGCUUUAAGCCCUUCCCAAAAACUGAAGGAAGUCCUGGAGAAGCACGGUGAGCUCCAGUGGCGAGGAGCGACGGGCAGCGAGCGCCUCCCCAGCCAGGCCGAAUGGGAGCAGCUGCUGGCCACCUGCAGCGCCUUCCUGUUCUACGGGAUGGAGAGGUUCCUGUCUCACGUUGUACUCGACAGGCUGGUCGCCAUGAACAUCCCACAAUGCCAUCUGAUGAUACUUCUAGAUCUGGUGCGAACAAAGGAAAGUUAUCACAGAAUUAUAAACUCUGGUAGCCACAAAAGGGGUGCCCAGGCUGCGGUGCAGAGCCCCGCGGAGAGCGCCCUGCUGCUCAGCCUCGCUGGCGUGCGGUCCGUGCUGGCCAACCAGUGGUUCACGACCCUGCGGGACAACGCGGAGAGGCUGGACGUUCUGGCCGAGAAUUUGUUGAGCUUUGGUAGAACAACUGGGCAGAUAGUCCGUAUCCUUCAAAAGAGGAAGAUUCACAGGGAAACGGAUUCCAUUAAAACGGAAGCGGAUUCUGGCCGUCCUGCGGAGGACAGAGCAGCCGGGGCCGCUCGCGGCGCCUCGGACCCGCGGGCUGUCGGCUGCGUGCUGUACGGGCUGCCCAGCGUGGCAGUGGCGCGGCCCGGCGUGCCGGUGGCGCAGCCCGGCGUGCCGGUGGCACAGCCCGCGUCACCGCCCUGCGCGCGGGGCGCGGCGCGUCUCGGGGAGCCCUGAGACCGGCGUUGUGCCGACGGGCCGAUUCCUGCGCCAGACGUAGAGAAUUCCGUGUUAGAGUAAGUGUCAGGAAUGUAUCGAAAACUGUAUCUCAGAGAUUUCAGCCAGUGCGACAAGGUUUUUGAACGCGGUGAAUACCUCAGAAGAAUUCGGUGAGUGCAAACACAGCUUUAAGGGAGGCAGGCUAUUAUGUUUUGGGAGUCGAUGCCUGAGUGGAAUUGGAAUGUGUCAUUGUCAGUACCUCCAUUUGGAAGGACUUUUCCUUGGUGCAUUUUAUUUUUACGUGGCAGAUUUUUCAGGAGCUUUGCUGAAAAACGCACCAACUCACCUUAUUCUGAGUGAAUUGAUGUUUAACUGUUUAUUUAGUGGUAGUUGUGGUUUAAUUAGAAAACGAGGCAGUAUUAAAUAAAAUGUUUAAUAAGUUUUGC